AUGAACGUGUCUGGCCAAGUACGACAUGGCUCGGACAUGUAUAAGGCAUAUCAGUACUCCACACUAGACCCACCAACUACUUUGCGCCUAAUCAAGUUAUGGCCCGCGAUGGAUCAUAAUGCUACCCUCCAAUGCAAUAUCGUUGAACUUCGCGAACCAUAUGAGAGUGAAGACUACGAUGCGCUGUCGUGGUGCUGGGGCUCACAGGACAAGAAGGAGUGGAGUAAGGAGCUUAUCAUCCAUGUGAAUGAUGACCAAACUAUAGUUCCUAAAGUGUUCUACAUUUCUGAAAACCUCGACGGAGCCUUACGAGCAUUUCGCCGCAAGAAGGAUAAGAUCACUCUGUGGAUUGAUGCCAUCAGUAUCAAUCAGGACAAUCUGGACGAAAAAAGCUACCAGAUUCCAUUAAUGGCGGUCAUUUACCCCAAGGCAAAGCGCGUCCAUGUUUGGCUUGGGCCUGAAGAUUUUCAUAGCACUCUGGCCCUUGAGUUUAUCAAGAACAGUGUGUUGAAACUUUGGAAUUUCGACAAACUUUGCCAAACCGAUGACGAGAACAACAAAUCAAAGGAAUGGGAGGCUUUCUCUAAACUACUGAACCGUGACUGGUUUGGACGACGCUGGGUAGUUCAAGAGAUAUCGCUUGCAACAGAGGCAAUUGUACACUGCGGAAGCAAACAUAUUACAUGGCAAGAGUUUAGCGAUGCUGUGUCUCUCUUUGUGGAAGCGGAAAACAAAUCAAGGCUGUCCGAAGUAAUGCGGAAUUCUAAAGAUCAUAGUCGAUAUCAAGAUUAUUUUGGAGAGAUACCAGCAUCAGCAGCGUCUUUACUCGUGGACACAACUCGAAAUCUGUUUCGGCGAUCUAAUGAUGGCGGUCGGGAACCAAUAUCCAGCCUAGAAUACUUGGUGUGUUCACUAUCUAUUUUCAAGGCAAGCAACGAAAGAGAUUCCAUCUACGCGCUGCUUGCCAUUGCGAAAGACGCGCUGCCACAAGCUGGCGUUACGAAGAACAUCGAUGAGGGUCUGAAUGACCUAGAAUCACCAGAGGUCAGACGGCAGAUCAGAGCUUGGGCAAGAAUUCGCGGUAGAAAAUUUGCGGUACACGCCUAUCACGUAGACUACAAACAAGAGAUCGUGGAUGUCUACAAGGACUUCGUACUUUUUGCCAUUCGAAAAGCUGAAAAAUCUCGGGCGCUCGAUAUCAUUUGUCGACCAUGGGCGCAAGAAGUUUCAGACGAAGACGGUGGCUCUGAUAAGAUGCCUCUCCCAAGCUGGAUUUGCACUCUUCGCAAUGCCCCGUACGAUGUUUCGCAGAGACCCAACCUGGGAGAAAGGAUGGCGAGGAAAAAUGCAGAUCCAUUAGUUGGUAUGCCGGACAUUGCAGGGAGAAACUACACCGCAGCUGGGUCGAAAUCAAUAACCGCUUCUGAGUUCAAAUUCAAGAAGGGGGACGGAUAUUACAGCAUGUUUGUACAGGGCUUCGUGCUCGACGAGAUCACUAGAGGUGAGAGCAAUGUUGGGACAUCAGAUUCCGGAUCUAUACCAAGAACCUGGAGGAGCUUUAUGCACUCAGGAACACAAAAUAGAGUAGAAGAGGACUUCUGGCGGACUCUAGUGGCUGAUCGCGGUCCGGAUGGGAAAAGUCCACCCGCAUACUAUCGUCGCGCGUGCGAAGAAGUGUUCAAGACUGGGCACAAGGACGGACCGAUCCAAACCAACGAACUAAUCUACGAGAGCGGCUGCACCAUCGUCGAGAAGUUUUUGCGUCGCGUCCAAGCGGUUGUCUGGAACCGUCGUCUGAUGAAGACUAAGCACCUUGGGAAGAUUGGUUUGUUCCCAGCGGAAACGCGAACUGGAGACUACGUCUGUAUUCUAUACGGUUGCAGCGUCCCUGUUGUGCUGCGCAAGGUUGAGAAAGAUGAGGAAGAGAUCGAAGCGGACAUUAAGCUUGCUCUAAGAGAACAGGUAGCCGCAGCAGUGAUGAUACAACGCAGGUUUCGUGAGAGCCGGACCAUUCGAUUGGCUAGGGCGAGACGAAGAAAGGCUAUAGCCAAGGCUCUAGUUUGGAAGCUUGUGAAGCCUUAUAUCUAUGGUUCAAAGGCGCUGGAUCUUGCUUGUUCAAUCGGGUUUGUGGUCUGCGUUUCUCUUUGCAUGUCUUUGGACCCGCUCGCUUGGUUACGUACAGUGCUUAGCUCUAUAAGGAUCGGAUUUCUGCAAGCUUUCGCCCUACUCACAGCGCAGGAAGAGGACCGUCGACUUAGUUCUAUUGUCGUGCUUUCUCUUGCAUUCGGACCUUUGAUCUCUGUGACCUGCAAAAGGAUCUGGAGGUCCGGGAGAACGAUCGCACGCUCAUUCCGGCUCUUUUCCAACGAGAAUAUUAGAAUGCCCAAGCCGAACCCAGAGUACUUCGUGUUGAUUGGCGAAUGCUAUCUUCAUGGUAUGAUGAAUGGUGAAGCAAUUACAGAGCAGCGCCGAGCUCAAAGCAAAUCUACAGUCGCUUCAACCUCGAACGGGCACGCUGUGGGGCAAAAUCCUGCAUUCGAGGAACCCAUUGCCGCACGUGCAAAGUCGAAGAAGGCACAAAAGGCCGCAAAUCGCAAGCUCAGAGCUCGCAGGAAAAAGGAGGAAGAGUUGAGAGGGAUUCAUCCAUCUUCGACACUCGAGAGAUUCCAGAACAUGACAUUCGAAAUUCGAUGAUCGAGAGCGUCUCUUCUUAUGAACGCAAAAGUUAAAAGCGGAGAGAAGAUUUUGUUAUCUCUUCGGCAUUUCAGUUUUUGAGUAAUUGCUGUUAUCAGGCCCGGUUUAAAUAAACAGAGGUCUAUUGAUCCAAGGCCACAAUCAAAUCAAUUUCCACAAAUGGACUUAGGAACGUAUCUAGCUUGCGGAAGGCGCAG